AUGGAUGAAGCAGUGUUUUAUGUUGCAGAGGGAGAUCCAGCGGACAAACACUCUCAAGAAUCAAUAGCAUAUCAUGUCUCAGUUCAUGGCCAUCAACAACACGCAGCAUUUAAACUUGCAAAUGCCCCACAGAAUGGAGCAGUUUUAACAGGCACUGGUCCUCAAGAAAGACUCUUUGUUGCCCAGAAAAAGAAAGCAUUGAUAAACGUAUAUUCUUGGGGUAAAGAGUCCAUAGACCAGAGAAUACCUGUUCCUGAAGAAAUUUCGUGCUUAACUCUUGUUCACCAUCCAAAUACCACUACUGCUAUAAACAACCCACAUGAAUUGGCUAACUUCAGACUUCCAUGGUUGUUGGUUGCAGGAUCUCCUACAGGGAAGCUUUAUGUGUGGGAGCUUUCCAGUGGAGCAUUAUUAUGUGUUAAACAUGCUCAUUAUCAAGGUAUGCGUAAAGCAGUGGUUACCAGAUGCGGUACGUUCAUCAUUACUGUUGGUGAUGAUGGAAGAUGUAUGGUUUGGCGUACGAUUGAUUUAAUCAGCUUUACUGACAAGGCCCAAUCUGAUGUUAGUACCAAUGCACUUUUCCAUUCAAUGGCAGACCAUACUCUCCCUAUUACAGAUGUGGUGCUUUCACCUACUGGACAGUUACAAGAUUUAAAAGUUUAUACUAGUUCUCAGGAUGGAACUGUUAGAGAAUAUGACUUAUUAACAAAGCAACUUGUUACUACAUUUGUAUUGCCUAAUCCUGUGACAUCUCUUUGCUUGGAUCCCGCAUCAAGACUUCUUUAUUGUGGGUUGAAUAAUGGUGUUAUACGAUCAGUGCCUAUGUAUACUGUGAAUAAGCACAAUCAAACAUUAGAGCAUAUAGGAGGAUUAGGAUCUAUUGUUACUGUUUCAGAAAACGAUCCCAACUUGGAGUUCACAUUUGUUAACCAUCAAAGUAAUGAUAGCGAGACCUUGGUGACUCAACUUAAAGUAUCUCUUGACGGUACUUUAUUAAUAAGUGGUGAUAGUAAAGGUCGCGUGCUCAUAAGUGAUAUUAUUUCUAAGCAAGUGAUUAAGAGUUUGACUUCGUUAAAUUCUUCCAUAAGUUUCAUAGAAACCCAAGUGUUACCUUCGGACUUUAAUGAUAGUGGGUUACUUAGAGGCGACAAGAAGCACAGAUUGAUUCCCAAUUUAAAGAGAAUAUUGGCUGGUGGAGAAGAAAGACAUAAGCACGAAUUAAAUAUUCAAAUCACUGAUGAAGUGGAGGAACAUGAUGAUUUCCAUUCAUGGUUGGCCCAAAAGAGUAGGGAGGAAUUGGAGUUCAAGAACUUAUCUGAUGUCAAUUCACAAAUAACAUCUGCUGAUGUUGAAUCAUCAAACUCUACUGAAUUGCAACUGAAAUUAGAUAAAAUCUCAGCUGCAUACACCGCACUUAGAAAGAACCAUGAAGACUUAUUUGAAAAAUAUAAGGCAGUCAUCAAUGAUUAG